AUGCCUCAGAUGUAUAAGAUGGUUAUAGAAAAAGUUAAAGAGCAAUUAAAAAAUGUUACUGCUGUAUGUUUAACUACUGAUGGAUGGACUUCUCGUAAUAACCAAAGUUUUAUUGCUGUAACAGCACAUUUUUUAAAUCCUGAAAAUGAUUCAGAGCUGUCCGCUUAUUUAUUGGGAUGUACUAGUUUUCCUGAAAGUCACACAGCUGACAAUUUAGCCUUGUUUUUAAAAAAUACAGUAUCUGAGUGGGGAUUAAAUGAUAGAGUAACAGCUGUAGUGACAGAUAAUGCGUCUAAUAUGAAAUUAGCUAUAGAUAAAUGUGACUGGAGACGAAUAUCCUGUUUUGCCCAUUCAGUGAAUUUAGUGGUUCAAAAUAGUUUAGAGAUCAUUGAACCAGUAAUAACUAAAAUUAAAAAUAUUGUUUCAUAUUUUAAGAGGAGUUCUCACGCUUUAGCAAAGUUGGAAGAGUACCAAAAACAAACAGGAAGUCCUAUUUUAAAGUUAAAACAAGAUUGUCCAACACGUUGGAAUUCUUGUUAUGAUAUGCUAGAAAGAGUAUUAAAGCUUAGAGAGCCAAUAACUGCAACUUUAGCUAUUUUAAAUAGUAAUCACUUGAAUUCCCUAAAUUCUUAUGAUUGGGAAUAUACUGCUAACUUUGUGGAUGAAAUAAGUUUGCCAAAAGAGGUACAUGAUAUGGCUGAAAUUUUAAAAAAAAAACUAUUAAUUCGAUUUGGAUCCAUUGAAGAUAAUAUUUUAAUUGGUCAAGCUAUUCUUCUUGAUCCCAGACAAUUGAAAAACAAAAUAUCAACCAUUACAACUGAAAAUGAAUUACCCAAUUCUUACGAAUUAAUAUCAGCCGAACCAAUUUCUUCUACAUCAUCUGCAGUUUGGGGAGAUUUUGAUAAAACUGUUAAUCAUAUAACUGGUAGUAAUAAUUCAACAGCAGCGUCAAUAAUAGAGAUGGAUAAAUAUUUAAACGAACCAUUAAUAAACCGUCAUGAGAAUCCAUUAUUCAUGAAUAAUAUUCACAAUAAAAUGGUUUUAUAA